GAGAAGCGUGCCACCUGGCGAUAUUUAUCCGAAUAAAGCCACGUCAUUUCUGUUAGACUGAGAUUGGGACGAAAGAUCCAAAAACAAUUAAAAUGAAUAUUUUUAGGCUUUUAGGGGAUUUAUCCCAUCUUCUAGCUAUUAUGAUCCUGUUGCAAAAGAUCUUUUACAGCAGAUCGUGUGCAGGGAUAUCAGCAAAAUCACAAGUUCUGUUUGCCAUUGUCUACACUGCAAGAUACUUGGACUUAGUGACCGUCUAUGUUUCGCUCUACAACAUCUCUAUGAAAGUGGUGUUCCUUCUCAGUUCCUAUGCCACUCUGUAUUUAAUCUACUUGAAGUUUAGAGCCACUUAUGACCGGAAUCAUGAUACAUUCCGUAUCGAGUUCCUGCUGCUGCCUGCCAUAGUCUUGGCCCUUCUGAUUAACCAUCAAUUCAGUGCGCUGGAGGUGUUAUGGACGUUCAGUAUCUACUUGGAGUCUGUGGCCAUUCUUCCUCAACUCUUCAUGGUCAGUAAAACUGGAGAAGCUGAGAGUAUCACGUCUCAUUACUUGUUCGCCUUGGGCUCAUACAGAGGAUUGUAUAUUCUGAACUGGUUUUACCGAUACUGGACGGAAGGGCAUUAUGAUUUGAUCGCUAUCGUUGCUGGAGUGGUGCAAACAGUAUUGUACUGCGACUUUUUCUAUCUAUAUGUUACCAAAGUAUUAAAAGGCAAGAAACUGCAGUUACCAGCAUAGCUUCCCCAGCGAUCAAUUUUCCUCCAAUCAGCUUCACGUUUGUAUUGCAAAGUAUACUUUUAAGUACAAUUUAAUUUAAAGAAAAUCUGUGAAAGCCAGUUGAUUUUUGUUUCAUUGAAUUGCUUCUGGGCUCUAUGCAGUCGAUAGUUGUUUUUUUAAAUUAAAUCAGCCAGUGUUACUUAAAAAUUGAUUUCCAUUGAUUUUGAACCCGAAUGGAACGGAGACUUGAGUGGUUGACUGGUGUAAAAACGGUGUUUUUUAAGUAAGAUAUUUUACUUGUUUAUACAGAAGCUGGCAGUAAUUAAAUGUGUAUUUCAAUCAUCAGUCGCCUUUGUCAGAAAAUUGAGUGCAGGUUGUUAAGUAUUUUUUAUUUUCUAGAUUUUUGUAAGAUUUUAAGCCAAAAAUAAAAACGUUAUAGUUAGCCUGAUAUUGGUUGGUUGAUUAGGCGUAUAAAUGUAAAAGAGCUUUUAUCUACUUAAUGUGUUUCAACGGUUUGCUCUAACAAGAACUGAGUGCGGCUCUCUGGAAUUAUUUCUAGAACGUUUUAAUCUACGCUGGCUUUUUUCGAUCUAAUGACUAACGUAGGAAUACUUAAUGCAGUUCUAACUAGGCUAUUUAAUACAUUGUAUAUUCUAGCGCUCGUUUGUUGGUAGUUUACUAAAUUGUAACUGAAAAUUACUCUUCUAUACAUAGGAACAGUUUAUUUAAGUGAAAUGGCAAUGUUGUCGAUAACGGAAGUUAUUUGCUGGGCAUUUUUGAUAAGGUUCUUUCGUAAUACAUUUUUUCCAACAUAAGAAUGGGAAUUCAAGUAAAAAAAAGGGUUUGGACACGAUGGGCAAUGUUUCAGUCCAUGCACGAUGGGUCGAACUGGGAGAAGUUUUCACAAUAAAGUAUGUACAAAUCUUGUAUUAAA